AUGUCCCUUAAAGGCUCCGUCUUGAUUACCGGCUGCAGCAAUGGCAUGGCAGGUUCUGCUAUGGCAAAAGGCUUCCAGAAGCAAGGCUAUCAAAUAUUCGCGGCCUCCCACAGCUUGGAAACAAUGUCUGAAGUUGAGAGUUUGCCCAACGUCAAGCUGCAUCAGCUUGACGUUACUAAGUCUACAGACAUCCGUGAUGCAGUAGGCGACAUAAGCAAAGAAAUCGAUAGCAAACUGACGUAUCUUGUCAACUGUGCUGCUCGCAUUCACUUUAUGCCGUUGCUAGACGAAGAUAUAGAAGCUGGGAAAGCGCUGCAUGAUCUCAAUGUUUGGGGACCACUGGCAGUAACUUAG